AAUCUAGCUGGCUUGACGUGUACGGAAGUGCGUGACUGAACUGGUGAUUACGGAAAUAUCUGCUCAACCAGAAUAAAAUAAAUAAAGGAUUAAUAUCGCGUCGCCACCUGUGUAAUCCUGUAACACUGUCCACAAUGUCCAGGCAAUCCAACCGAACGACAGACAGCAAGAAGAUGAACUCAGAGCUGUUCACGCUGACCUAUGGAGCCCUCGUCACCCAGCUGUGUAAAGACUACGAGAAUGACGAGGAAGUCAAUAAACAACUGGACAAGAUGGGUUAUAACAUCGGAGUGCGUCUGAUCGAGGACUUCCUGGCACGCUCCAGCAUCGGCAGGUGUCAGGAUUUCCGAGAAACGGCGGAUGUCAUCGCUAAGGUUGCCUUUAAGAUGUACCUGGGGGUCACCCCGAGUGUGACUAACUGGAGCCCAGCAGGGGACGAGUUCUCCCUCAUCCUUGAGAACAACCCACUUGUGGACUUCGUGGAGCUGCCGGAUAACCACAGCACGCUGGUUUACUCAAACCUGCUGUGUGGAGUCCUCAGAGGAGCCCUGGAGAUGGUCCAGAUGGCUGUGGAUGUGAAAUUUUCUCAGGACACUCUGAGAGGGGACAAUGUGACGGAAAUCCGCAUGAAGUUUAUCAAGAGGAUCGAAGAAAAUCUCCCUGCAGGAGAUGAGUGAUAGAAACAACCAAACAAAAAAAAAAAACACUGAAAGGAUGAGUCGGCAAAACUAAGAACAUCAUGAUGAGCGGUAAAUUAGGCAGACAGCUGUUUACUUUUCCCUGCAACCUCACUUGUCUGAAAUGAUUGAAAAAACACUCCUCAAUUUUCUAACAUCGUUACCGCCCAUGAUUUGCUGAAGAAGACCAGGAGUUAGAAGAUACUAUGGAGAUGUUCUGAGAAUAAAAAAAACAACCUAUACACCAUUGAAACACAGAUUAUCACACGGACACCUUAGGUGGACAUAAGGUUUCUUGGCAGAUCUCUGUGUUUAUGACUGAGGGAAAAACAUCUAAAUAUAACAGCUGUUGCUGUUAAGGAGAGCAGAUUUAUUUUUUAGUUGAUAAAAGAAAAGCCUUUUUAUUUGGCAAUGUAUAAAAUGUCUUCUGUUUUUGUGUGUUUCAAGGCUGGAAAACCUGAAAAUGUAAUGAUUUAUGUUUUUUUUUUUCUUUUAAUGAAAUAACCCUUCACUGCUGCCAAUUAUAAGGCAUGUUAAUUUAUGUUGUCGGAUAUGUCAAAUAAAGUUGAAAUAUUUGAUAU